AUGUUUGUGCGCUCCUUGACCGCUCCAGCGCGCUUUCUGAAAAUGGACAAGAUGAGUCUUGGAGCCUUGGCCGCUCCAGCUCGACCCGAUGCUUUUCUGUCUGGAGAUGGACAAGAUGAGUCUUGGAGCAUGCUCGCCAAUCUAAAGUCGCCUGAGCACCCGGACCUGGACCUCGAAGAUGAUGGCGCGCCGGAUGAGUCGGAUGAGACCUUUCCGACAGGCUCAGAAAAACUAAGUUCGCUCCCGGACCGGGGGGUGAGCAAAUCCUCCGCACCCUCGAGUUCCACAGCCUUGGACGAUGAGACGGACUUUAGUCUGUCCGUCACGACGGAAGAAUCCGAGGCCGGCCAAGGCGACAUCGACCCAUGGUUUGACGAGUCGAUGGAAGAGUGCGGGGGAUCUGGUCUUCCUGAGGAGCCAGUGAUGCGAAAAGUCAAUUCAACCAACUCGUUCCGAAAGCUCGCGGUCCGUGCCCGCCGUGAGCGAAUUCGUUCAGAGCGACGUGUGGUGGUCGUUGACUUCUUGAAGAGGAACAAUUUCGCUGGAGUCAAUGCACCGCGCUCCCGCUCGGGCUUCAGGUUGCUCUCGGAAUCGGUGUACCCGCUCCAUGUUGCAACGCAGCGGGGAGAUUCUCAGGCUCACAUGGUACAAGCCCUUCUUCGAGAAAGGGCGGAUCCGUCGAAGAAGACCUCGACCGGUCGAACUGCGUUGGACAUGGCUCAAGAAUCGAACCAGUUUGGCUCUCACCGUAUGGUGCUCGAGAUCCUGUCCGGACGGUGGAACACCAAGAGCCUUCGCGACCUGAGGGCCACAUCUUGCCGCUGUGCUGAGACUAACAGACGAACAUAA